AUGGAUUUCAUCGAGAGGGAAGCAGAGGAGUCUGAGGAGGAAUUUGGGAGUCCAGAGAACACAGAGAAAAAGGCACUGAAGCAUGCUAGAGCAAAUGAUGGUAAUCUAUUCAUUGUACAGCAUGAUAAUAAUUUUGAUUUUAUUUCAAAGAUGUCCCUUGACAGAGUUUUUAUCAUCACAACUACCCUAAAUAAGAUCGAUGGUAACAAUGUGCAGGCUGCACACGUCAUGUGUCAUCUUACUUGAUGUGCAACUUCUUGAUUUGUGACUUAGAUGAGGAGGAGGAAGAGGAGAAUACAGAGGACCAAGAUGAGGAUGGAAACCUCCGUGGUCUGAUUGAUGAUGGUGGGGAUGAAGGAGAAGGGGAGGAAGAGGAAGAGGAUGAGGAAGAAGGGAAGAAAGAUAAAGAAGGAGAUAGUGACUCUGGGGAGGAAAUUGGACACCGUAAGAGGAAGAGAAGUAAGUGGUCAUUCAUAAAUUGGUGUAAAUGCACUGUGAUUGCUUCCUUCUCUUCAGUCUUUGAAUAAACUAUAAUGGCGUAAACCCUUUGAUUAUAUUUUGCCCAUUCAGAUUCAAGCCUUCAUGAUUUGUGACACCAAACAGUGUGCAGCAGAAUCAUGAAUAUCAGUAAUAAUCACCUUUAGUGUUUGAGUAUCUUGCGUUUUCUGUCUACAGGCUUUGACGACCGCUUGGAUGAUGAUGAUAUUGAUCUCAUUGAGGAGAAUUUGGGAGUAAAAGUGAAAAGGGUAAGUAUUCCGAUGCCAUUCUGACAAGCAAAAUGCAUUGUCAUCAGGACAUUGUAUAACACACAGCUGAGGUCUCAUGUCAUGUCCCACAGUCCCACUCUCUAAAAAUACUAUGUAAAAGGAUAUUGACAGAAAUGUUUCCCUGAUACCUCUACUCCUUACUUAUCCCCAUAAACAGCAAAAGUUCCGUCGUUUGCGAGACAUGUCGGACGAUGAGGAUGAGGAGGGAGAUGAAGACGUCAGGGAGGCCCAUGAGAAGGACAUGAUAGCGGAUGAGAUCUUCAUGGGGACGGGAGCGGAUGAGGGCGAAGCAUUGGAUGUGCCUUUGCAUCCCGGGGAGGAUGAGGAGGAGGAUGAUGAAGAGUCUGGUAUGAAACAUUUUAGUUGCUUCAUCUAUAAACAGUGGAGUUGUUUUGAGUUAGCCGUUUGAAAAUAUUUGAGUCAUUUUUUUAUUUUUAUUUCCUCAGAUAUCGAUGACUUUAUUGUGGAUGAUGACGGACAGCCCUUGAAGAAACCCAAGUGGAGGAAGAAGCUGCCUGGAUAUACAGAUGCGUAAGUGAUUCUGACAUUUAAUUUAAUCACUUAGAUCCCCAUUUGCAGUAGCCUCUCCACCUGCAAGAAGUCUUAUCUGUGCAAUAUAAUUUGAUAUGGUAGAUGUGUCCCAAAUGGCACCCUAUUCCCCUAUGGGCCCUGGUCAAAAGUAGUGCACUAUAAAGGGAAUAGGGUGCCGUUUGGGACAUAGAGGGUGCCAUUUGGGACAUAGACAUGUUUACUUUACUCACAUGCAAUAUUUAGUACUGAGCACCACUCCCUUUUUACAGAGCCCUUCAGGAGGCCCAGGAGAUAUUCGGAGGGGACUUUGACUUUGCCGAGUUUGACACUGAAGCCUAUGAAGAUGCAGAGGAGGAGGAGGAGGAUGCAGAUGAAGAGUCAUGGGACCGGCCCAAGAAGCAGGCCAAGAAGAGGGUGGGUCGACGCAGUAUCUUUGAGAUCUAUGAGCCUAGCGAGCUGGAGAGCAGUCACAUGACGGAUCAGGACAAUGAGAUCCGCUCCACUGACAUGCCAGAGAGGUUCCAGGUGUGUAUACUUCUAUAGGGAGCGUCCCAAAUGGCACCCGGACCCAUAGGGCUCUGGUCAAAAGUAGUGCACUAUAUAGGGAAUAGGGUGCCAUUUGGGACACAGUUAUAGUCAUUAGGACACGUGAGCACCUGAAACUCACCUAUAACUGUUAUGGGCUUGACUGUAGCCCAGUGGUAUUUAAACUUUUUCAGGGGGGACUCCAUUUCUUCAGCCAGAAUUUCUGGGGACCACAUUUUUUUUGCAAUAUCGCGUGACCCCACCCCACGCCAAAUAUAAUGACACAACCUUAAAAUCAGUACAUUUCGAUUUUUACAUCAACAAAUAACCUUAAAUUCAUUACAUUUUCAUCUCUUAUCAAAAUGAAAAGAAACCAAUAAAUACAUUUACUAAAUAAAAUACAAAAAUUAUAAUUAUCUUUCUCAAAAACCUUUGCAUAUUGUCCCAUACAAUAAUCUGUACUCUUAAUUUUUGGUCCCCCCCCCCCGAGGUCGACCUCACUGUAGUUCCCCCGCGACCCCGACUUUGAAUACCACUGACUUUGAAUACCACUGACUUUGAAUACCACUGCAUACCCUUUUCUAUGUGUGUGGUCUUGUUGUUUUUAGCUACGCUCCACUCGUGUGAAGCCAGCAGAGGAUGAUGAGCUGGAACAAGAGGCUGAGUGGAUCUAUAGGAAUGCCUUCUCUACUCUCACCAUCUCCAUGCAGGUACUGGAGUGAGGAUCUUUUAGCUAGGUCUCAUAAGACAAUUAGUUCAAGCUGAAGCUACAGUCUAGGUCUGUUUUUAAAAUGCUUGUGUUUUUUAAAAUCUAAUAUUCUGUGUUUUCAGGAGAAUGCAGACUAUUUGGACAGAGGUCCAACCACUUCUUUCAGCAGAAAAGGCCCCAGCACCAUCCAGAAGAUAAAAGAGGCUUUGAAUUUCAUGAGAAACCAACAUUUUGAGGUAUUACACAGUCCCUCUAGUACUGUAGGUAAAGUUGAGUUCUUCCAUAUAAUUUUUCACAGUUAAUACAACUUUCUUCAUUGUUUCACCUUUAGGUUCCGUUCAUAGCGUUCUACAGGAAAGAGUAUGUGGAGCCUGAACUCAAUAUCAAUGAUCUGUGGAAGGUUUGGCAGUGGGAUGAGAAGGUAAUAUACUGUAGCAUUGGAUUUUUGUUAACUUUAACCCUUCAUUUAUUCUCUCUGUUUAAUUACUGUUUAAUGUGGGACUUUCUUUCCUCCUCAGUGGACCCAGCUGAAAACCCGCAAACAGAACCUGAGACGCCUGUUCCAGAAGAUGCAAGGAUACCAGUUUGAACAGAUCUCAGCAGACCCAGAUAAGCCACUGGCUGAUGGCAUUCGACCACUAGACACUUCAGAUUUAGAGAGGUAAGGCUUGUCAUGUCAAACAUGCUUGUAAGUAAGGGUUGUCUGAGCCAGAACGGCCCAUCUUCUGUUUCUGUAGCGUGAGGCAGCUUGAUGUACAAGUACACCCCCUGGACAGUACGCUAGUUAUGUUAUGACACCUUUAUUAUCUUUGUUGUAUCGGAAUGCUUACCUGAUUAUGUUUGUCUGACAAGGCUGAAGGAUGUCCAGUCUAGUGAUGAACUGGGCGACGUCUACAACCAUUUCCUGCUGUACUAUGGCCGGGAUAUUCCAAAGAUGCAGAAUGCAGCCAGGUCCAGCAAGAAGAAGCUGAAGAAGAUCAAAGAAGUGGAUGAAGAUGGUACGAUUUAGAUUAUAUAUUGUAAGAUUGUGAAAGCACCUUUGCCCUCACCAGAGUAAUUCUCAUGUCUUCUGUUCGCAGGUAAUGAGCAGGAAGUAGAGGAGGAGGAAGAGGAAGAAGAGGAGCAGUCGAAGGGGCCGGACCUGAAGCUUGCGUCUCGCAGGGAUAUGUACAGCAUCUGCCAGUGUGCAGGACUGGGUGAGUGCUUUAUCAUGUGUGUCCAGUAGGUGCCACUAUCAGCACCUAUUACAGACAUAUUUGUGUGCCAUACAGUACAUCUUCAGGUCUAUACAGUUAGCUCGUGAUUAUACAAAAACUUGCGAAAGAAUGUGCGACUGGAAAACUGUGACUAGUGUACUUAAACAGAGUUUGCCAAUCGAAGUACACUUGCUGUAUCACAAGCCGACUGUAUUUGCAGCUGUUUUUGAGUCCACCAUUUAAAGGCUUCUCUCAUCAGAUGGCCUGGCCAAGAAGUUUGGUCUGACUCCAGAGCAGUUUGGAGAGAACCUACGUGACAGUUACCAGCGUCACGAGACGGAGCAGUUUCCUGCUGAGCCCAUGGAGCUGGCUAAGGACUACAUCUGCAGGUUAACCAGCGACACAUUAUUGCACUUUAUACAGAAAACACUUUCAUAUAAAGAUAACCCAACCAUUUCAGCAGUAACAGGGGUGGUGUUGAGAGGUGAAUAUGCAAACUUGUACAUGGCUGCAUCUCAAGUGGCACCAUUUGAGAUGCAAACCUAUACCUUCCACAAUAAUACUAAUAGUACAGUGGGGGAAAAAAGUAUUUAGUCAGCCACCAAUUGUGCAAGUUCUCCCACUUAAAAAGAUGAGAGAGGCCUGUAAUUUUCAUCAUAGGUACACGUCAACUAUGACAGACAAAAUGAGAAAGAAAAUCACAUUGUAGGAUUUGUAAUGAAUUUAUUUGCAAAUUAUGGUGGAAAAUAAGUAUUUGGUCACCUACAAACAAGCAAGAUUUCUGGCUCUCACAGACCUGUAACUUCUUCUUUAAGAGGCUCCUCUGUCCUCCACUUGUUACCUGUAUUAAUGGCACCUGUUUGAACUUGUUAUCAGUAUAAAAGACACCUGUCCACAACCUCAAACAGUCACACUCCAAACUCCACUAUGGCCAAGACCAAAGAGCUGUCAAAGGACACCAGAAACAAAAUUGUAGACCUGCACCAGGCUGGGAAGACUGAAUCUGCAAUAGGUAAGCAGCUUGGUUUGAAGAAAUCAACUGUGGGAGCAAUUAUUAGGAAAUGGAAGACAUACAAGACCACUGAUAAUCUCCCUCGAUCUGGGGCUCCACGCAAGAUCUCACCCUGUGGGGUCAAAAUGAUCACAAGAACGGUGAGCAAAAAUCCCAGAACCACACGGGGGGACCUAGUGAAUGACCUGCAGAGAGCUGGGACCAAAGUAACAAAGGCUACCAUCAGUAACACACUACGCCGCCAGGGACUCAAAUCCUGCAGUGACAGACGUGUCCCCCUGCUUAAGCCAGUACAUGUCCAGGCCCGUCUGAAGUUUGCUAGAGUGCAUUUGGAUGAUCCAGAAGAGGAUUGGGAGAAUGUCAUAUGGUCAGAUGAAACCAAAAUAUAACUUUUUGGUAAAAACUCAACUCGUCGUGUUUGGAGGACAAAGAAUGCUGAGUUGCAUCCAAAGAACACCAUACCUACUGUGAAGCAUGGGGGUGGAAACAUCAUGCUUUGGGGCUGUUUUUCUGCAAAGGGACCAGGACGACUGAUCCGUGUAAAGGAAAGAAUGAAUGGGGCCAUGUAUCGUGAGAUUUUGAGUGAAAACCUCCUUCCAUCAGCAAGGGCAUUGAAGAUGAAACGUGGCUGGGUCUUUCAGCAUGACAAUGAUCCCAAACACACCACCCGGGCAACGAAGGAGUGGCUUCGUAAGAAGCAUUUCAAGGUCCUGGAGUGGCCUAGCCAGUCUCCAGAUCUCAACCCCAUAGAAAAUCUUUGGAGGGAGUUGAAAGUCUGUGUUGCCCAGCGACAGCCCCAAAACAUCACUGUUCUAGAGGAGAUCUGCAUGGAGGAAUGGGCCAAAAUACCAGCAACAGUGUGUGAAAACCUUGUGAAGACUUACAGAAAACGUUUGACCUGUGUCAUUGCCAACAAAGGGUAUAUAACAAAGUAUUGAGAAACUUUUGUUAUUGACCAAAUACUUAUUUUCCACCAUAAUUUGCAAAUCAAUUCAUUAAAAAUCCUACAAUGUGAUUUUCUGGAAUUAUUUUUCUCAUUUUGUCUGUCAUAGUUGACGUGUACCUAUGAUGAAAAUUACAGGCCUCUCUCAUCUUUUUAAGUGGGAGAACUUGCACAAUUGGUGGCUGACUAAAUACUUUUUUUCUCUCUGCCUGUGCAGCCAAUUCAGCACAGCGGAGGCAGUACUGGAGGGGACUCGCUACAUGGUGGCCAUGCAGAUAGCUCGAGAGCCUCUAGUCAGACAUGUGCUCCGACAGACGUUCCAGGAGAGAGCCAAGAUCAACAUCAAACCCACCAAGAAGGGAAAGAAGGUAUACACCAUCUAUUUGCAAUAGGGUUGAAAAAUCAUGGUAAUUUACCAAAAAUUCCCAGUUUUUCCAGAAAUCCCGGUUGGAAGAUUUCUGGAAUCAGGAGUGAAAAGCAAGAAAUCCUUUAUCCUUCUAUCAGGAUUUCAUGGAAAACCUGGGAAUUUGGGGAAAGUUACUGCAAUUUUGCAACCAUAUUCUGCAAUUACCUCUACUUCUUUGUUGAUUGUAUUAGUGGUUUAUUUAGGUCUUUCAUGGGAUAUACAGUACCUUCAGAGGCGUCGGGUAGCCUAGCGGUUAGAGCAUUGGGACUGUAACCGCAAGGUUGCUUCUUUGAAUCCCUGAGCCGGCAAGGUGGAAAAUUCUGCUGUUCUGCCCUUGAGCAAGGCAGUUAAGCCCCCACAACAACUGCUCCUUUGAUUCAGAGGGGUUAAAUGCUGAAGACACAUUUUGGUUGAAUGGAUUCAGUUGUACAACUGACUAGGUAUCCCCUUUCCCUAUUCAUACCCCUUGACUUAUUCCACAUUUUGUUUUGUUACAGUCUGAAUUCAAAAUUCAUUAAGUGAAAACAUGUUUAUUUAUUUUAUUUUUAGAAAAUGAAAUAUCUCAUUUACAUAAGUAUUGACAUCACUUCGCUAUUACAUUUUAGUCAUUUAGCAGACGCUCUUAUCCAGAGCGACUUACAGGAGCAAUUAGGGUUAAGUGCCUUGCUCAAGGGCACAUCGACAGAUUUUUCACCUAGUCGGCUCGGGGAUUAGAACCAGAGACCUUUCGGUUACUGGCACAACGCUCUUAACCACUAAGCUACCCACUGAGCUCAGGUGCAUCAAAUUCCUUUAAACAUCAUUGAGAUGUCACUACAACUUGAUUGGAGUCCACCUAUGGCCAAUUCAAUUGUUUGGACAGGAUUUAGAAAGAAACACACCUGUCUACAGUGCAUUCGGAAAGUAUUCAGACCCCUUGACUUUUCCAACAUGUUACAGCCUUAUUCUAAAAUGGAUUAAAUUGUUUGUUUUUUCUCAUCAAUCUACACACAAUACCCCACAAUGACAGAGCAAAAACAGGUUUUUAGACAUUUUAACAAAUGUAUUACAAAUUAAAAACUGAAAUAUCACAUUUACAUAAGUAUUCAGACACUUUACUCAGUACUUUGUUGAAGCACCUUUGGCAGCGAUUACAGCCUUGAGUCUUCUUGGGUAGGACGCUACAAGCUUGGCACACCUGUAUUUGGGGAGUUUCUCCCAUUCUUCUCUGCAGAUCCUCUGAAGCUCUGUCAGGUCUAUUUUCAGGUCUCUCCAGAGAUGUUAGAUCGGGUUCAAGUCCGGGCUGUGGCUGGGCCACUCAAGGACAUUCAGAGACUUGUCCCGAAGCCACUCCUGCGUUGUCUUGGCUGUGUGCUUAGGGUCGUUGUCCUGUUGGAAGGUGAACCUUCGCCCCAGUCUGAGGUCCUUAGCGCUCUGGAGCAGGUUUUCAUCAAGGAUCCUUCUGUACUUUGCUCCCUUUAUCUUUCCCUCGAUCCUGACUAGUCUCCCUGUCCCAGCCGCUGAAAAACAUCCCCACAGCAUGAUGCUGCCACCACCAUCCUUCACCUUAAGGAUGGUGCAAGGUUUCCUCCAGACGUGACGCUUGGCAUUCAGGCCAAAGAGUUCAAUCUUGGUUUCAUCAGACCAGAUAAUCUUGUUUCUCAUGGUCUGAGAGUCCUUUAGGUGCCUUUUGGCAAACUCCAAGCGGGCUGUCGUGCAUUUUACUGAGGAGUGGCUUCCGUCUGGCCACUCUACCAUAAAGGCCUGAUUGGUGGAGUGCUUCAGAGACGGUUGUCCUUCUGGAAGGUUCUACCUCCCUGACCAAGGCCCAUACUUUCCGAAUGCACUGUAUGUAAGGUCCCACAAUUGACAGUGCAUGUCAGAGCAGAAACUAUACCAUGAAGUCCAAGGAACUGUCCGUAGAUCUCCGAGAUAGAAUUGUGAUGAGGCAUAUAUCUGGGGAAGGGUAUAAAACAAUUUCUAGAGUGUUGAAAGUUUCCAAGAGCACAGAGGUCUCCGUCAUUGAGAAAUUAAAAAAAUAUGGAACUACCCAGACUCUUCCUGGAGCUGGCCGUCCGACCAAACUAAGCAACCGGGCAAGAAGGUCCUUGGUCAGGGAGGUGACCAAGAACCCAAUGACCACUUUGACAGAACUACAGAGUUCCUUGGCUGAGAUGGGAGAACCUGCCAGAAGGACAACAGUCUCUACAGCACUUCACCAAUCUGGGCUUUAUGAGAGAGUGGCCAGACGGAAGACACUCCUGAGAAAAAGGCACAUGACAGCAUGCCUGGAGUUUGCAAAAAGGCACAUGAAAGACUCUGAGAGCAUAAGGCAAAAGAGCCUGUGGUCUGAUGAGACAAAAUUGAACUCUUUGGCCUGAAUGCAAAAAAACGCUUUGUCUGGAUAAAACCAGGCACAGCUCGUCACCCAUCUAACACCAUCCCGACUGUGGAGCAUCAUGCUAUGGGGAUGUUUUUCAGCGGCAGGGACUGGGUGAUUGGUAAGGAUAAAGGGAACAAUGAAUGGAGCUAAAUACAGGCAAAAACUUGAUGAGAACCUGCUUCAGAGUGCAAAUGACCUAAGACUGGGGGGGCGAAGAUUUACAUUCCAACAGGGCAAUGACCCCAAGCAUACAGCCAAUGCAACGCUCAAAUUGCUUCAGAACAAGAAUGUGAAAGUCAUUGAGCAGCCCAGCCAAAGCCCAGACUUGAAUCCCAUUGAAAAUCUUUGGAAAGACUUGAAGAUUGCUGUUCACUGCCGUUCCCCAUCUAACUUAACAGAGCUUAAGAAAAUCUGCAAGGAAGAAUGGGAGAAAAUCCCCAAAUCCAGAUGUGCAAAGCUCAUACAGACAUACCCAAGUCGACUCAAAGCGGUAAUCGCCGCCAAAGGUGCUUCUACAAAGUAUUGACUCAGGGGUGUGAAUACUAAUGUAAAUUUACUUAAAUAGCAAAAAACAUGCUUUCGCUUUGUCAUUAUGGGGUAUUGUGUGUAGAUGGGUGAGAGAAACCAAAUUCAUUUAAUCCAUUUUGAAUUCAGGCUGUAAGACAAUAAAUUGUGUAAUAAGUCAAGGGGUAUGAAUACUUUCUGAAGGCACUAUACAUACUGUAUAUAAAAAACACAUCUAACAAGUUAUGUUCUUUUAAUCAACUCAUAUUUUUACAUUUUAGUCAUUUAGCAGACACUCUUAUCCAGAGCGACUUACAGUUAGUGCAUGUAUUAUUAUAUCAUUAUCUAGUUUGGAGUACUCUACCAUACAUGUAUGUGGUCUAAUCUCUCCUAUAGGAUGUGGAUGAGGCCCAUUAUGGCUACUCCUUUAAGUACCUGAAAAACAAGCCUGUAAAGGAGCUGAAUGGAGACCAGUUCCUCAAGAUGUUCCAGGCAGAGGAAGAGGGCCUGCUCACCAUAAACAUCUGUAUUGACCUGAUUGGAGUGAAGGGGUGAGGGCUUGUUAUUAUAACAUUGUGUAAUAACAUAUUAAUAACAUUAUAGUCUGCAUCCCAAAUGGCACCAUAUUCUCUAAAUAGUGCACUAUGCUCUGGUGAAAUGUAGUGCAUUAUGUAGGGAACAGGGUGCCGUUUGCGACGCAGCCUCUGAGCUUGUGUAAUAACAUAUUAAUAACAUCUUAUAACAUAUUCCAAAAUGUGCUCUGUUUACAUGUAUACUGUCCUGAGUCAGUCAAGUAUCCAUUAUAUCACUAUGUGUGUUGAGCAGGUACGGAGGUGACCAUGCGUACUAUGAAGAGAUAAAGCAGUUUUACUACAGAGACGAGUUCAGCCACCAGGUUCAGGAGUGGAACAGACAGCGCACUCUGGCCAUCGAACGAUCCCUCAAACAGUUCCUUUACCCGCAGAUGGCUAAAGAGCUGAAGAACAAACUUAUUGCAGAAGCAAAGGAGAACAUCAUCAAGGUACUCCCCCCCACACACACACCCAAGGAGGAGGAUACAUCUUCUGCAUCUAUUAUGAUAUAUUGUGAAGUCAUUACCUCAACAUUUAAUUUGAUUUUUCUUCUUAUUUUCUUUACUUUGAUGUGAUGUCGUUGCUACUGUGGUAUUGAUGACUUAUUUUCUUAUUCUGGUAUUGACUUUCCAAAGCAGGCGGCUCAGAGCAUUGAUGUAUGUUGAGCCUGCUACAGUGUUGUGAUAGUGGUUGCCCGCCCCUCAGGCCUGCAGCAGGAAGCUGUAUAACUGGCUGAAGGUGGCGCCCUAUCGGCCCGACCAACAAGUGGAGGAGGAGGACGAGGAGCUCAUGUCUGAGGCCCAGGGCAAAGGGAUCCGCGUGCUGGGAGUGGCCUUCUCAUCCAGCAGGUAGAGUACUGCACACUGUCUCUGACUUCACUUUGGUGGUGUCCCAAAUGGCAUCCUAUUCCCUAUGUAGUGCACUACUUUUGACUAGACCCUUUGUGGCUCUGGGCAAAAGUAGUGCACCAUAUAGGGAAUAGGGUGUCAUUUGGGACACUGACACUGUCUCUAACUUCAGUUUAACUUCACUUCAUUGUCUUUACCACUUUUACAGUGAGCUAAAUUGAAUGACUUAUUUAUUGAAUGUGUUUGUGACCAUAGAAUUAGGAAUUAGAAUACUAGAAUGGACAUUAACCUUCUUAUGAUGGGAUAAAGGUCAGCCAUUUUGGUCAGGAAGUUGGUCAACCAUGGUUUGCCAGUGCUGUGAUAAAAUAUUGUGUAAAAUAAUGAAUUUGAAGAAUUUAUCUGCACUGUAUGUUUAUUAGCAAGCUAGCUAGCAAGUUUUAGAGUAAUAAUUCCAUACAUUUUUCAAAUGAACUGCCAAUAUGCCAACAUUCCAUUCAAUCAAUAGAUGUGGUAAAGAGGUCAAUGGAAUGCAGACUGUGGGGGAUAGAAGGACACCGGAUUGGCGCACUUUCAACAAAUCUGAUCAAACAAAGUGGUUAUUUGUCAAAUCCGGCCCAUAAUGUGGUUACUAAAGUCCAAUUUUGAUAUAUUUGGUUGUUUUCACUGCAUAACAUUUAGAAGUAGUUCCUUCUCAGGUGUAGAAGUAUUGAGUGACUGCUAUGCUAACUCCCGUUUGUAUAAGCUGGUAGCAUAGCUAGCACAGAGAAAUCGUUGGGGGUAGUCAGUCUUUUUAACUGGAAUGGAGUUGAUUGGUGACCAUGACACAAAUAAACAGUAGCCUAAAUGUAGGCUAAUUUUGCUGGAGGCCAAUGAGGAGAUUCAGUCUUUCCCCCACGGCAUCGUUCACCCCACGUGUUUCCAUUGUAUUUCCAUUAUUUUGGUUGAGUUCCAUUGACCUCUAUGCAGUCAAUCCACAGCCAUACACUGGCUGAAUCAGUUGAUGAUAGGAUUUAGACAAGUUGUAAAUGCAAUAAGUACUGAUAUUGUAUCAUACAAUAUAAUAGCGCUCAAAUCUUUCCAAGAAAUCAAAAUGUUUGACAUUUAUGGUCUGUUUGUAAAUAUGUUAGAGGCUAUUUAUCCUGAUAAUUUGUAUAAAACUGUAUUUAUAAUUAUAUGACAAUAUUUUAGGUUGACAAUAAUUAUAUCACACAAUUUUUUAUAUAUCACAUGCCUUACUUUAAUUUUCCUGCAAAGUAUAAUCAGGAUUAUGCCUCUACUGCCAUUCAUUCCAAUUAGACUGGUUUGGAUUUCUCCCUGGCCAAUAUAGCUGCCAUUUUCACCCCAUUCUGGAAUUUCUAGGGUUUAUGACAUAGCCCCUCUAGUAAUUUAAUAGGAUCUCUAUGUUUAUGAUUGAGUUAUUAUUCACUGCAAACCAAUGUCUGUUCGCAGAGACACCCCAGUGUUCUGUGCCCUGGUGAAUGGUGACGGAGAGGUGGGGGAUUUCCUCAGGCUUCCUUACUUCCUGAAGAGGAGGAACGCAUGGAGGGAGGAUGAAAGGGAGAAAAAGGUAUUUAUGAAACCAAACCAAGGGUGGGUCCUAAAUGGCACCCUAUUUACAUUUACAUGUUAGUCAUUUAGCAGACGCUCUUAUCCAGAGCGACUUACAGUUAGUGUAGUGAGUGCAUACAUUUUCAUAUUUUUGUUUCGUACCAUAGGGCUCUGGUAAGAAGUAGUGCACUAUGUAUGGAAUAGGGUCCAUUUAGGACAUAGUGCAAGAGUUUUGAAGAAGCUCAGAUAACCAUACCAUCCAAUGUUGACCAUGUUCUAAUAUUUGUCCUAUCAUACCUUUAGAUCCACGAUAUUGAAACCCUGAAGAAGUUUCUGAACAGUAAGAAGCCUCACAUCAUCGCUAUAGCUGGGGAGAACAGGUGUGCAACCCUCUACUGCUUUCUUUCACCUGUGGCCUUCUUAGACUCCUGUUUAAAGAAGCUUACAAACAUGACUGAGGGUACAUCCCAAAUGGCACCCUAUUCCCUAUAUAGUGCACUACUUGGGUGCCAUUUGCCAUUUGGGACGCAUCCUGAAUGUUUGUAAUAUUCCCCACUCCACUUCCUGUGCAGGGACGCCCAGAUGGUGAUUGAAGACAUUAAACGCACAGCCAGUGAGCUGGAGCAGGAGUCCUCCUUCCCCACCAUCGGGGUGGAGCUGGUUGACAAUGAACUGGCCAUGCUCUACAUGAACAGCAAGAAAUCAGAGGUCAAGUCCUGCCCUCAUUUCCCUAAGCAUGUUUUCUCACAAGACAAAUUUGUCUACAUUGGAGGUAUUCUACAUACUGUACCUCCAGAAACUCUCUGAGUGGUCCACAAUGUGUUUUUUAAAAUCUGUAAUAUGUAUUGCCAAUGACUGUAAUAUUGUGGAGUGAGUGACACUUAAAUAGAUUUUUCUCUUAACUCUACAUAUUUUUCUAUUUCUCCAAUCCACAGGCAGAUUUCCGGGACUACCCCCCUCUCCUGAGACAGGCUGUGUCUGUGGCCAGGAAGAUCCAGGACCCCCUGGUGGAGUACGCUCAGGUGUGCAGCAGUGACGAGGAUAUCCUCUGCCUCAAGUUGCACCCUUUGCAGGUACUAAUGACAUCAUCCAGACUGAGUUCCAAAUAGGGCUCUCAUCAAAAGUAGUGCACUAUAUAGUGAAUAGGGUGCCAUUCAGGACGCAGGGUGCCAUUCAGGACGUAACCCCUGUAUCCAUUAGGCCAGGCAUGCUUGAGAGAUCAUUAUCACCUAGUGGCGGCUUUGAUGAAAACACACUGGGGGUUUACAGAGAUCCUUUAGAGACCCAAACUAAAUGGACGAUUCCAUGCCAGCAUGGCCCAAUUUUGAGGGGGUAUCUUAGAUUGUUCACAAAAUUCCGACAUAGAAACUUCAUUGGGAGGAAGAAUGUUUGAUGUGCUUUUUACAUUUGUAACACAAACCAUUUUUGAUAAAAUCAUGAUGAAAGUGGCCAUUUUAGGGAUGGACCACUGGAAUUAUUUGCUAGGAUAAUAAUUGCUUGUCAAUAAAUUAAAUGUAAUACAAUGGCAAUCCGGGUUAUAUGUUAAAAUCCUACGCAUGAACUGCCGACAUUAUUACGCAUAUUAAUUGAUAAUGAUGGAAAAUAGGAUAUGCAUAAUUUGUUUUUAAUAGUUAUAUAGAGGUGACAGCAUUGGAAAUGCUUUUGGCGGUUAAUCUGCUUCUGUUUUGUGGGUGGCACUGUGUGCUGUUUUCGAUGGAUGGGUCCUGGCCUCUCGGGGCCUUAGGGAUCCGGAGGGACAUGGGUGGGAUGCCGAUCACUGGGAUGACGGCUCAACUUGGGAUGGGGAGGGGCUUUAGCGGGGGAAUUAGUGGAGAACAAUUGAAGGGUUACUCAGUAGCAAUGCAAAUAUCACGGUACAGCUAUAUGGACACUCAAUCAUUACGGUAUUUUUUAUUGGUAAAUUUACAAACAUAUAUAAUGAUAAAUAGACUUGAAACUUGUAUCUCAUUAUGGUGUAUGGUGAAAUAAGUAUAGCCAGUUAUAAUUGUAAUGGCUUAGCUGAUAAUAACAAAAGAAUAACAAUAUUUACAUGGCUCAAAGAGAAGGAAUAUAAUAUCUAUUGUAUACAGGAAACUCAUUCAACAAUUCGAGAUGAAGUUGCGUGGAAAAAGGAAUGGGGGGGGGGGGAAUAUACUUCUCCCAUGGGCAAAGAAAUUCAAAAGGGGUGAUGAUAUUAAUUAAUGGUAAUUUCGAUCCGAAUGUGCAAAUUGUCCAAAUAGAUACGCAAGGUAGAUGGAUUAUUUUAAAUAUGUUAUUGGACCAUAAACAGAUAUGGCUCAUUAACCUUUACGGACCAAAUAAUGAUGAUCCACAAUUCUUUGACAAUAUAUAUAAUAAAUUAUCAACCCUGCAAGCAAUUCAAGACAAUAUUAUUAUGGUGGGGGAUUAUAAUACUGUUUUAAAUAGCUCAAUGGACCGUAAAGGAAAUCACACCACAAACAAUCACCCACAUGCUCUUAAGGAAAUUGUGAAUGUCAUGGAUACAUUAGAACUAGUAGAUAUAUGGAGGCUUAAAUAUACUGAUCUAGUGAGAUAUACAUGGCGGAGACUCAAUCAAGCUAGUCGUCUUGACUUCUUUCUUAUCUCAUUCUCGUUGGCACCAAAAGUUUAAAAAGUGUUGAUAGGGUACAGAAUGCGGUCGGACCAUCAUAUAAUUGGCAUAUACAUUACUCUUACUGAAUUUCCACGUGGGCGAGGAUAUUGGAAAUUUAAUCAAAGCCUAUUGGAUGAUAGUUUAUUUAUAAUUAGACCAAAGGAAUUUAUAACUGACUUUUUCCAACAUAACAUAGGUACAGCAAAUCCCCUUAUUGUAUGCGACACCUUUAAAUGUGCCUUUAGAGGCCAUGCAAUUCAGUACUCAUCUCGAAUGUAGGUCAAAAGAGUUUAUACUAACAAAGGAAAUAGAAAGUCUAACAGAACAGAUAGAUGGCAAUAAAAAUUGUAACAUAGAGGCUCAGAAUAAAUUAGAGGAAAAACUAAUAGAAAUGGAGAAACUUAUUCAAGAAAGAUCAAGUGUAAUAUAUUAUAAAAAUAAAGCAAACUGGAUGGAAUAUGGGGAAAAAUGCACAAAAUUCUUUUUUAAUCUUCAACAUAGGAAUGCUACCAAAAAUAACUUCAUGAAACGGGUUACAAUUGAUGGAGUCACCCAUGAUUCACCAAAUGAUAUUUUGAAGGAGGAAACAAAGUACUUUAAGCAUAUGUUUUCUUUUCAGUCGCCUCCAUCUCCUCUAACUGAAGCUAAUUGUAGAGAUUUUUUUUCUAUUGAUAAUGUCAAAUUAACAGCCAUACAGAAAGACUCAUGUGAAGGUGAAAUUACAAAGGAGGAACUUCUGGAUGCAAUUAAAUACUUUAAGUCCGGGAAAACUCCAGGGUUGGAUGGCAUACCAGUCGAGGUAUACCAAACCUUUUUUGAUAUACUAAGAGGACCGUUAUUAGCCUGUUUUAACCACUACUAUGUAAAUGGUAGAUUAUCUGACACUCAAGAAGGUCUGAUCUCAUUAUUACUGAAACAGGAUACAAGUGGAAAAUAUAAAGAUCCAGUCCAUUUAAAAAAUUGGAGGCCCCUUACACUUCAGUGUUGUGAUGCAAAAAGUCGAGCAAAAUGUAUAGCGCAUAGAAUUAAAAAGGUAUUGUCGGAUAUUAUUCAUUCUAAUCAGACAGGUUUUUUACAUGGAAGAUACAUUGGAGAUAAUAUAAGGCAAGUAUUGGAAACAAUAGAACACUAUGGAAAAUAUGGGAAACCAGGCCUGCUAUUCAUAGCAGACUUCGAAAAGGCAUUUGAUAAAGUACGACUGGGGUUUAUACAGUGGGGGAAAAAAGUAUUUAGUCAGCCACCAAUUGUGCAAGUUCUCCCACUUAAAAAGAUGAGAGAGGCCUGUAAUUUUCAUCAUAGGUACACGUCAACAAUGACAGACAAAAUGAGAACAUUUUUUCCUGAAAAUCACAUUGAAGGAUUUUUAAUGAAUUUAUUUGCAAAUUAUGGUGGAAAAUAAGUAUUUGGUCAAUAACAAAAGUUUCUCAAUUGACACAGGUCAAACGUUUUCUGUAAGUCUUCACAAGGUUUUCACACACUGUUGCUGGUAUUUUGGCCCAUUCCUCCAUGCAGAUCUCCUCUAGAGCAGUGAUGUUUUGGGGCUGUCGCUGGGCAACACGGACUUUCAACUCCCUCCAAAGAUUUUCUAAUGGGGUUGAUAUCUGGAGACUGGCUAGGCCACUCCAGGACCUUGAAAUGCUUCUUACGAAGCCACUCCUUCGUUGCCCGGGCGGUGUGUUUGGGAUCAUUGUCAUGCUGAAAGACCCAGCCACGUUUCAUCUUCAAUGCCCUUGCUGAUGGAAGGAGGUUUUCACUCAAAAUCUCACGAUACAUGGCCCCAUUCAUUAUUUCCUUUACACGGAUCAGUCGUCCUGGUCCCUUUGCAGAAAAACAGCCCCAAAGCAUGAUGUUUCCACACCCAUGCUUCACAGUAGGUAUGGUGUUCUUUGGAUGCAACUCAGCAUUCUUUGUCCUCCAAACACGACGAGUUGAGUUUUUACCAAAAAAUUAUAUUUUGGUUUCAUCUGACCAUAUGACAUUCUCCCAAUCCUCUUCUGGAUCAUCCAAAUGCACUCUAGCAAACUUCAGACGGGCCUGGACAUGUACUGGCUUAAGCAGGGGGACACAUCUGGCACUGCAGGAUUUGAGUCCCUGGCGGCGUAGUGUGGUACUGAUGGUAGCCUUUGUUACUUUGGUCCCAUCUCUCUGCAGGUCAUUCACUAGGUCCACCCGUGUGGUUCUGGGAUUUUUGCUCACCGUUCUUGUGAUCAUUUUGACCCCACGGGGUGAGAUCUUGCGUGGAGCCCCAGAUCGAGGGAGAUUAUCAGUGGUCUUGUAUGUCUUCCAUUUCCUAAUAAUUGCUCCCACAGUUGAUUUCUUCAAACCAAGCUGCUUACCUAUUGCAGAUUCAGUCUUCCCAGCCUGGUGCAGGUCUACAAUUUUGUUUCUGGUGUCCUUUGACAUCUCUUUGGUCUUGUCCAUAGUGGAGUUUGGAGUGUGACUGUUUGAGGUUGUGGACAGGUGUCUUUCAUACUGAUAACAAGUUCAAACAGGUGCCAUUAAUACAGGUAACGAGUGGAGGACAGAGGAGCCUCUUAAAGAAGAAGUUACAGGUCUGUGAGAGCCAGAAAUCUUGCUUGUUUGUAGGUGACCAAAUACUUAUUUUCCACCAUAAUUUGCAAAUAAAUUCAUUAAAAAUCCUACAAUGUGAUUUUCUGGAUUUUUUUCUUCUCAAUUUGUCUGUCAUAGUUGACGUGUACCUAUGAUGAAAAUUACAGGCCUCUCUCAACUUUUUAAGUGGGAGAACUUGCACAAUUGGUGGCUGACUAAAUACUUUUUCCCCCCACUGUAUAUAAAUGCCUGGAGCAUUUCAAUUUUGGAGAAUCUCUUAUAAAACUGGUCAAAAUCAUGUAUAGUAACCCUAGGUGUAAAAUAGUAAAUAAUGGCUAUUUCUCAGAAAGUUUUAAACUGUCAAGAGGAGUGAAACAAGGUUGUCCACUAUCGGCAUAUCUAUUUAUUGUGGCCAUCGAGAUGUUAGCUAUUAAAAUCAGAUCCAAUAAUAAUAUCAGAGGAUUAGAAAUCCAGGGCUUAAAAACAAAGGUGUCAUUGUACGCUGAUGAUUCAUGUUUUCUUUUAAAUCCACAACUAGAAUCCCUCCACAGCCUCAUAGAGGAUCUAGAUACAUUUUCUAACCUCUCUGGAUUACAACCAAAUUAUGACAAUUACGUAUUGGAUCACUAAAAAGUACAAUUUUUACAUUACCAUGUAGUUUACCAAUAAAAUGGUCUGAUGGUGAUGUGGAUAUACUCAGAAUACAUAUCCCAAAGGAAAUAAAUGAUCUCACUUCAAUACAUUUUAAUAGAAAGUUAGCAAAAAUAGAUAAGAUCUUACUACCAUGGAAAGGUAAAUACCUGUCAAUUUGUGGAAAAAUCACCCUGAUUAACUCUUUAGUAUUAUCCCAGUUUACCUAUUUACUUAUGGUCUUGCCUACGCCUAGCGAACAGUUUUUUAAAUUAUAUGAGAAAAAAAUAUUCAAUUUUAUUUGGAACGGCAAGCCAGACAAAAUUAAAAGGGCCUAUUUAUAUAAUUAAUAUGAAUUCGGAGGACAGAAUUUUUUUUUAAUAUUUAAGCAUUAGACCUAUCACUAAAAGCUUCAGUCAUACAAAAGUUAUACUUAAAUCCGAACUGGUUCUCAAGCAAAUUAGUAAGAUUGUCUCACCCAAUGUUCAAGAAUGGCCUUUUUCCCUUUAUUCAGAUUACAACAACUCAUUUUCAGUUAUUUGAAAAGGAAAUCAUCUCCCAAAUAUCACUAUUUCUAAAACAAGCCAUAGAAAGUUGGUUGCAAUUUCAAUUUAAUCCUCCAGAAACGACAGAACAAAUAAUGCAACAAAUAUUGUGGUUAAAUUCAAAUAUACUAAUUGACAAAAAACCUUUAUUUUUUUACAGAAUGUUUAAAAAAGGUAUAAUCUUCAUAAAUGAUAUCAUCGGUAGUACUGGUGGAGUUAUGUCGCACAUGCAGCUAACAAAAACAUAUGGAAAUGUCUGCUCUACACAAAAUUACAACCAAAUAAUUGCAGCCUUACCGCAAAAGUGGAAGAGGAAAGUGGAAGGGGCAGAAAGUAAGGAACUUGUCUGUCGGCCUUGCAUAAAAGAACAUAAUUGGUUAAGGAAAACUGUGAUAAAUACAAAAGUAUAUCAGUUUCACUUAAGGACCAAAGGAUUGACAGCCGUCCCAUAUAGAUUGCAAAAUAGUUGGGAAGAGAUUUUUGACGUACCGAUCCCAUGGCAUAGUGUUUAUGAACUGACACGCAAAACGACACCGGAAUCAAAAAUUAGAAUCUUUCAAUUUAAAUUAUUAUAUAAAAUUCUUGCUACCAAUAGAAUGUUAUUUAUAUGGGGAAUACAAUCUUCCCAGCUCUGCAGAUUUUGCUGUGAAGAGACAGAAUCAUGUUUUGGUUCUGUCCAUUUGUAGCUUGUUUUUGGACACAGGUCCAGGAAUGGCUAAAGGAUUGCAAUAUUUACCUGGAGCUAACCUUGCAGAUAGCAUUACUGGGAGAUCUGAAAAGUCAUAGUCAAUCGAUCAAUAAUAUAAUAAUACUUUUAGCAAAAAUGUUUAUUUUUAAUUCACAAUCUGUAGAAGCAAUGAGAAUUGAAAGGUUCAGAACUUUUGUAAAACAUCACAGUACGGUUGAAAUGUAUAUGGCAAAUAGAAAUCAUAUAUGGAUGGUGUUAAGAGAUAGAUGGGAGGUGUUGAAUGGAGUUGAAGGAUGGGACUAAUAACAAAUAACAACAAAUAAUAACAAGAUAACUAAUAAUGUAAGCAUACUGUGUCCAUAAUAAGUAUAUAGGUUGUAUGUUGGGAGCUUUUGGGAAAGAGCACAGUUAGAAAGAUAUGGCAUAUAGAAGCAAACCGGAUGGACAUCAUGAAAAUGAUCGGAGAGGUUGAGAGUAGAAGAAGUUCAGGAGCAAAAACAAAAAACACAAAUAAAAUAGAAUUAUUGUAAAAUUGACUGUGUCCAUAAGGUGUAGAUAGUAAGCAUAGGCUGGAAGUAGAGGCCUGGGCAUUGUUGUUCACUAAUUUACCCCAAGUAGAGAAAGGAUGGCUGGGUUGAAAAGUAAUAAAGGGGAGUAUAUAUAUAAAAAAAACACAGGGGAUUGGAAGUGAUGCAGACAAUUACAUUGAUAGAAGUUACAAUCUAUCUGCAAUAUUAAGCUGAUCUACCCCCAAAAAAAUAUAAAAAUAAAAGGCCACUCUAAAAUGGAAAGUUUUGUCAUACAACACAAUGCCAGAGAUGUUUUCAGUUUUGAGGGAGCGUGCAAUUGGCCUGCUGACUGCAGGAAUGUCCAACAGAGCUGUUGGCAGAGAAUUGAAUGUUAAUAUCGCUACCAUAAGCCGCCUCCAACGUUGUUUUAGAGAAUGUGGCAGUACAUCCAACCAGCCUCACAGCCGCAGACCAUGUGUACGCCGUCAUGUGGGUGAGCGGUUUGCUGAUGUCAACAUUGUGAACAGUGUCCCAUGGUGGCGGUGGGGUUAUGGUAUGGGCAGGCAUAAGCUACAGACAAUGAACACAAUUCCAUUUUAUCGAUUGGCAAUUUGAAUGCACAAAAAUACUGCGACAAGAUCCUGAGGUACAUUUUGAGGCCCAUUUUCUUUAAAGGUAUCUGUAACCAACAUAUGCAUAUCUGUAUUCCCAGUCAUGUGAAAUCCAUAGAUUAGGGCCUAAUGAAUUCAUUUCAAUUGAUUGAUUUCCUCAAAUGAACUUUAACUCAGUAAAAUCAUUGAAAUUGUUGCAUCUUGCAUUUAUAUUUUUGUUCAGUAUAAUACAACCACUCGCAUCAAAAUAACUUUUAAAAGCAAUGCAACAGAUCAGUGUUUAUCUUAAAAUGUUUAUAAACUAUUAGGCUAUUCUUCACAUUAUAAGCGCAGUAGGCUAUAAGCGCAAAUGUUCCAAAAUGCAAUCAAUUAGCCGGAAAACACUGUUCUCAAAAGUGACCGCAAAUGAGAUUAUGCAUGUAAUGCUUUAUUAUAAAGGUGCAUUUCUAUGGUGAAAAUUAUCUUCUCCAAACUUGAAACUCACACGCCGCCUAUGUAUGCCAGUUAGACUACACCAGUUGUAAAGCGUAUUAAUAUGCUUAAUUUUAAGAAGAAAUUUGGUCACUUAAGUUGUGAUACAAACCUUAUCAGAACAUACAGGCCUAUGGACUAGGCUACAUGAGGUGUGUGACUAUGAUUUGAAAAAGUCACACAAAAAAAGGCAUGUGCUGUUUCCUGCCUUACUGCACAAGCUGGGCAUCAUUCAAAAGUGAUAAUACAAAAUUCACAAGUGAUAGGCUAAUAUUGUCACCCUUCAGACUAUUCAUAAUUUUAUAUUGUCUUUACAUAUACAAAAUAAUAUACUGUAUGUGUGAAAUUAGUUUUGAUUUAGAAUGGACCAUUGUCAUGCACCUGUUUUGGAACAGGGGCAGGGGGUAAAAAAUACAUGUAAUCUAUGCACUUAAAUAACGAAUGGAGGACGCUUUUCCCAUGGUUUAUUUUCAUGCCAGCUAGGUAGGCUAUACUCCUGUUGUAAAGCAAAGCAAUGUGCUUAAUAUUAGGAAUGUUGAGAAAUAAAUAUAGUAGGCCUAGCCUAUAGAAAGCUGAUGGGAACCUCCUCUUUUUAAUAGAGGCCAUCAAAACUCUGUUUUCUCACGCAAUUGCAUAGCCUAUAGAAAUGUUGCGCAACAUGAGCUCAUGGGCACUCAUGAAGUGUUUGAUUAGAUUUUCGAUAACAUUUGCAUUGAUCUCAGAGUGGUUAGAGGGACAAUAGAGUGCUGCGUACCAGGCAGUUAGCAGGUUUGGUAGGCUACUAAUGACCAUCAGCAGCAUCAGAGCUUGGAGAAGCCUAGUUACUGUGACUAAACGGUCACGUGGAAUUUGACUACGGUCAUGACUCGUGACAGCCGGUGUGGCGGUAAAAUGGUCACCGUAACAGCCCUAGCUGUGAUUGGUUACUGACCUAUAAUGUCAAUGUAUAAAAUGAAUAAUUUCUUCAAAAUUAUCAGAGCCCACUCUUGAAAUUUGAUGUGUUUGAAGAGUAUAUUGUUCCAAACACCAAGAUGUUGUCUGUAACAUGUACAGUUCACGGAUCAUAGGGUCUUACAGGAGGCAGGUAUAGGUCUUAAAAGGGCCUAAAAAGGUUAUAAAAAAUUGUUUGUGAUACAAAUGUAAAAAGCAUGUUAAACAUCCUUCCUCUAAAUGAAGUUUUUGUGAGAAUUCCCAGAACCAUCUGUGAUAACAUAAAUAUUUUCGGGCCAUGCUGGCGUGGAAUCACCCAAAUGCAGUAGCAAGUCUAGUUGACUGUACAUGGUAAUCAUAGUCUGGUUUGAAUCAAAGUCUGUGAAUCAAUGUGUCUGUAAAAAGUGAGUCUGACUAUUCUGUCUGCUUCCCACACAGGAGCAUGUAGUGAAGGAGGACCUGCUGAAUGCUCUGUACUGUGAGUUCAUCAACCGGGUGAAUGAAGUGGGUGUGGAUGUGAACCGGGCCAUGGCCCACCCCUACACCCAGAGCCUGGUGCAGUACGUCUGUGGCCUGGGGCCCAGGAAGGGAUCCCACCUGCUCAGGGUAAGACAUAGAUCACAUAAGGCAUCUAGAUUGCCAACAUGUUAAUACAAUGUAAUUACAGUGUUACUAAACAGAUAUAAAAGCAACAAUAUACCAAGUGUUACCAGAUAGAAUUGAUCAAUAUACAGUAGCAAUAUGUACCAUUAUGUUUUUAUUAUUAUAGUAUCUCAGUACUCUACUGCAGGGGUUCCUCAACUUUUUCACUCAGGCCCCCCUUCCAGCAUUGUGGAACAUCCCACUCCCCCUCUAGCACGCGCGCACGUCAUGUCUAUUUCUAUGGGCACAAGCACUGUUCAUGACACGAACUGUUCACACCCCUCUUGCUGGCAGAGAGAACAUUUUGCAGGUUUAAAGCUAAUUUUCUUGCAAUUCUAUACAUUUUGCCAUGUCUAAUGUGUAUUCAUGUGAUAUUUGAGUGACUCAAACAUUACAACAAAAUCUAUGGGCUAAAAAAACUUUAUCUGACAUGGGCUAGUUGAUCUGGACUUUUCUGACAAGUUAUAUAUAGCUCUCUAAGGUAUGCAAUGACUGACAUGACAAGAGAAAAACUGAUGAUGCACUACUCAAAAUUGCACCUUGGGCAUUCUACUAUUACAACUUUCAAGAGUAAGUUUAAAGCCGGACCCUGCGCGCCCCACAGUUUGGGAACCACUGCUCUACUGUACUGACCUCUGAACAGAUACUUUUACAUGUACAUUUAUCCAUCUCUGUUUCCAGAUCCUGAAGCAAAAUAACACUCGUCUGGAAAACCGCACUCAGCUGGUCACCAUGUGUCACAUGGGCCCAAAGGUCUUCAUCAACUGCGCUGGUUUCAUCAAGAUUGACACAGCUUCUCUUGGAGAUAGGUCGGUCUCAGAACAUUGGGCAUGGUCAUUCAUGCAAUACUGCAGAACAUUUCUGAGACUAAAAACCAUAUUUUUAUUUGAAAUUUAACUCAUAACAUUGAAUAACUUGACAAAACUACUUUUAUUGACAUCAUCACACAGCCAAUUCACUAAAUAACUGAAUCAUUGACAUCAAGUGUCUCUCCCUACCUGCAGUACUGACUCCUAUAUUGAGGUUCUGGACGGGUCGCGGGUGCACCCAGAGACCUACGAGUGGGCCAGGAAGAUGGCCGUGGAUGCUCUGGAGUAUGACGAGUCAGCGGAGGACGCCAACCCGGCCGGAGCACUGGAGGAGAUCCUGGAAAACCCGGAGCGGCUCAAAGACCUGGACUUGGACGCCUUUGCUGAGGAGCUGGAAAGACAGGUCAGUGUGGGAGAUGUAGGUUGCGUCCCAGAAGUAGUGCACUAUAUAGGGAAUAGGGUGCCAUUUGGAACACAUCCGUUGUCCUUCUCUGGGUGGGUAUAAAGAGCUUGCAUACUCCUCCUGAUCUGAGGACAUUCUAGUGCUCACUGUUUGAGACUCUCUGUGUCCACAGGGCUAUGGUAACAAGGGCAUCACCCUGUAUGACAUCCGUGCUGAGCUGAGCUGCAGGUACAAAGACCUGAGGUCCACCUACAGAGGACCUAACACAGAGGAGAUCUUCAACCUGCUCACCAAGGAGACACCAGAGACCUUCUACAUUGGUACGUACCGUUCCUUCUCAACCAGGGCCUCAUUGAUAUCUCUUUCAAAGUGAUGGGUUAACACACACACUACCAUGCUUUUUUGGUGCAGGGAGUCACAGCCCCAAUGUGGACAUAGUAGAAAACAUGUAUAACUCCCUUAUUGGUAUCUCAACACUGUUUUCAUGGUCUCGGUCUGUCUGUCUUCGUGGUUCUCUAGGUAAACUGAUCACCAGUGUGGUGACAGGCAUUGCUCACCGGCGCCCCCAGGGGGAGAGUUAUGACCAGGCCAUAAGGAAUGAUGAGACAGGUCUGUGGCAGUGUCCUUUCUGUCAGCAGGAUAACUUCCCUGAGCUCAGCGAGGUGAGAAUCUGAUAUGCUCCAUAUUCUGCUGCUCUGUGAGUGACAGCCCAUCUGAAGAGUGGUGGGUUAUGGGUUUUAAGUUCCUAGAUUAUUAUUUGUUGCUAUAGUUAUAUUGGCCACAGCUGUCUUUUUGAUCAACAAAGUCUGACAUAGCCUCUGUUUUCUCUGGCAGGUGUGGAAUCAUUUUGACAGUGGCUCCUGCCCUGGCCAAGCUAUUGGGGUCCGCUGUCGCAUGGACAACGGAGUCACCGGCUUUAUCCCCACCAAGUUCCUCAGUGACAAAGUGGUCAAGCACCCUGAAGAAAGGGUUAAGGUAUCACUGUAGUUUCCCAAAAAAUAUAUCUCGAUUUCAGUAUAACGAACAGUGAAUUACCAAAGUCAUAUAACACUUUAACUUGCUGUAGGUGGGCAUGACAGUGCACUGCAGGAUCAUGAAGAUUGACAUUGAGAAGCUCAGUGUGGAUCUGACCUGUCGGACGUCAGACCUGUCGGAUAAGAACAACGAGUGGAAGCUUCCCAAGGACACCUACUACGACUUUGACACUGAGACAGAGGAUGUGAAGCAGGAGGAGGAGGCCAAGAAGAAACAGCAGAGAACAAGUGUGUACCUGUCUGAGAGCUUACUGUACAACUCUAGAUGGAGAACAUAGCUGGAAUUGAUAAAUGGAUAAAAUUACAUUUUGGAUUCAUCUUUUAUUAUUGGUUGAUUUUGGUAAUGGUAGUAAGAGUAGAUUUUGGGCUGGUUUCCGGGACACAGAUUAAGCCUAGUCCUGGAAUCAGAAGCAUGGUCAUUGGAAACUUUCAAUUUAAAAAGGUUUUUAGUCCAGGUCUAGGCUACAUCUGUGUCUGGGAAACCAGCCCUAACAAUAUAAUACCAAACGCUAAAAUACAGCUUUCCACUCCCUAUAGCCUACAUCAAGAGGGUGAUAGCCCACCCAUCGUUCCAUAACAUCAACUUCAAGCAGGCAGAGAAGAUGAUGGAGUCCAUGGACCAGGGAGAUGUGAUCAUCAGGCCCAGCAGUAAGGGAGAGAACCACCUGACUGUUACUUGGAAGGUUGCUGAUGGUAUCUACCAGCACAUUGACGUACGAGAGGAGGGCAAGGAGAACGCCUUCAGCCUGGGACAUACCCUGUGGAUCAACACUGAGGUCAGCUCCAUUCACAGGCUUCUUCAUUAUGAAGCAGUAUAUGCCUGUAUGAAUAUAAAUAGGUGUGUCCAAAAUGGCACCCUUUCCCUAUAUAAUCCACAAAAGUAGUGCCCUAUGUAGGGAAUAAGGUGCCAUUUGGCACGAAACCAAUGUGUUUCACCUUUUUCUCAGGAAUUUGAAGAUCUGGAUGAAAUCACAGCCAGAUACAUUCAACCAAUGGCUGCGUUUGCUCGUGAUCUGCUUGGUCACAAGUAUUUUCAAGAAUGCAAUGGUGGAGACCGAAAGGUAGGAACAAGGAUAUACUUUCUUUCAAUUCACAGUAUCAUUGUGUAUGAAUGUGUAUUUAUGUGUGUAUCCAUCUAUCUGCCAGUGUGUGUGUGUUUGGGAGAGAGAGAGAAUAAUAGUUUCAAAGAGACAGGUGGGAUAGAAACCUUUUCAAUUCUCUUCGAUUGAUCAUCAGCUGCCGUCCCUGUUUUUGAAUUGCAGAAAAUGGAGGAGGUCUUGGUGAAAAGCAAGAAGGAGAAGCCUACAUUCAUCCCCUACUAUGUGUCUGCCUGUAGAGAGCUGCCAGGGAAGUUUCUGCUCGGUUACCAGCCCCGCGGAAAACCAAGGUUACCUCAGGACUGCCAACCACACUAGCCGCUGCCUUUGUCAUUCAAAUCAACACCCAUUCAUACGAUGCAUGAAUUUGCAUAGAUAUAGAAAUGCUGGAGAUGCGCUUGGCUUCAUUUAUUUCCAUGUGCAAUUGACACCCUAAAGAAAAAUGCUCUUGUGUUGGAAAUGGAAUUGCCUCACCCCCAAACCCAAACCCAGAAUGUGUGUCAGGACAGUAGGGGAAGCAUGAAGCGCCUGUUUGUCUCAGCCGCUGUUGCCUGUCAAGAGCAAGAGUGAUUAUUGGUGCUUGUUUAGAGACAUGAAAGGACAUGAACAUAAACAUUAACCCUUACUUACCUCUCGCUCAGGAGGGUUUGUCACAUGUAUCCACAGUAAUCAUCACUGUUAAGUGAACCUUCAUAAAGUACUGUACUGUGAUGUUGUAAUGUAAUGUCACAUAAUGUAAUGUAAUGUCAUUGUUAUAAUGUCAUAAUCAGAAUGUCAUUACUUUUCUCUGGCAUGCAGGGUUGAGUUUGUGACUGUCACGCCUGAGGGGUUCAGAUACAGAGGCCACAUUUUUCCCACAGUCAAUGGACUCUUCCGCUGGUUCAAAGACCAUUUCCAGGAGCCAGUGGCAGGUCAGAGCCUACACAGAAUGCUGCCUUAGAAAUGCCUCACAAUGAAACCUACAGUCCAGGGUAAUCAUGUUCUAAUGGUGGAUCACUUCUGUUAUCUGAUAUUUGGUAUUUCUCCUACAGGGAUUACUCCCAGCAGCAGCAGUAGAACACGAACCCCAGCCUCUAUCAAUGCCACGCCAGCCAAUAUUAACAUUGCAGGUCAGUUUAAGGCCAGGACGAUACCAGUAUCGCCAUAUUUUUUCCAUGGCAAAAAUGAAAACACGAAGCAGACAAAACUCUUUGUUUGAUGAGGUGGUGUUGAAGGAGUCAGGCGCAGGAGGGUAAAUCACAGAAUAACAGGCUUUAAUCCGCAAAAUACAGGUUUAUGCAGAACUGCAUCAAACACACUCCAGGGCACAAAACAGGUGCACUGGAAAAUACAAGGUGCACUGGAAAAUACAAGGCACACAGGAAAAUACUCCCGUCGAACAAAAUACACGAGCUCCACCAAGCUUCACUAACCUUCACAAAUAAACAAUCACCCACGGCCGAAGUCGUGACACUUUGGUCCUUUAAAAACCUGCUGUAUGUAAAAUAUUGUGUGCUAUAGCUUGGUAAAUAAAUAAAUGUGACUCUGAAUGACAACAUAAUGAUGUUUGUUUCCAACAUCAGGGCUGUUUUCCUAAAGAAGUUAAAUCUGCUUCAUGUUUUGUUUCCUUGCCACGAUACUAACGAGUAUCGCGAUACUGGUAUUGUCAGGCCCUAGGUCAGUUACUGUGUAUACUCACUCCCAAGGAUUUCUAUGGCUAUAAUAUACUGUAUGUUACCUUAAUUGGUUUUUAACAUUUCAUGCAUCCUAAGGUUGGAAUCAUCAACAUUUGAAGGACUUUUAAGUAACAGUUUCUCUGUUUAAUCUUCUCCUAAUGUAUAAAGUUGUAUGUGUUGUGUAUACCCUGUGUGUCUGUCACUCAGAUCUGACUCGUGCAGUGAACGCCCUCCCUCAGAACAUGACCUCUCAGAUGUUCAGUGCCAUUGCCGCGGUAACGGGCCAGGGCCAGAACCCCAACACCACACCUGCCGGGUGGGCAUCCAGCCAGUAUGGCUACACUGGUGGCAGCAGCGGUGGAGGGGGCAGCAGCGGCGGAGGGGGCAGCAGUAGCGCCUAUCACGUAGGUUUGGAAUACACAGUCGCUUACUGUAUAUCUGAAUGUCAUCACAAAAACAUUUGAGUUUCAUCUCUAUCCGUUUUUCAUAUUUCUGUUCAACAUGAGCCCUUCAACUUUAUUUUUUCUGUCCCAGGUGUUUGCCACACCAGCUCAGCAGCCCAUUGCUACUCCCCUUCUGACGCCCAGCUAUUCGUACACCACACCCACCCCCAGCCAGCAGCAGACUAUCACCACGCCCCAGUACCCCAGCAGCACUCCCCAGUCCUCACACGGAUCACACGGACAUGGACACCGCCCUUCCUCCACACCAUCAUCAACAUCCUCCUCCCGCCACCACAGGACACCAACACCAAAGUAAGUCACCUCUCAAAACUAGCUCUUAGACAGAAUUAUCCAAAUAGAGAAACUAUUUCAAUUUGGGUAAUUCAAAUGGCGAGACUAUGGUCCAUGUAUGUAGCUGGGUACUUACGGAAGUUUCCAACAGCAGAUAACUUGCCUCUAAUUGUUCAGGAAGCAUACAACUGCUAGAUUGUGUGUGAGUAAGUAAAUAGUGAGUUAUCUUCUCUCCCUGCUCCCAACCAUCAGGGCAACUUCCCACACAGCGGUGGACUGGGGAAAGAUGGCCGAGCAGUGGCUCCAGGAGAAAGAAGCAGAGCGCAAGAAGACGAGGCCCAGAAUGACCCCACGACCUUCUCCCAGCCCCAUGAUCGAGAGCACGCCCAUGUCCCUCGCUGGAGACGCCACACCGCUGCUGGAUGAGAUGGAUCGCUAGGUCCAGAGGAGACUUUCUUUCUCCCGAGCCCACUGUUACUCACCCCUACUGUACUGUAUAUGAACUGGACUCAUUAUAUAAUACUGCAUACACUUCACCGCUUCAGUUGGUCACAUUGAAGGAUAAGAUGAUGGUGACCAACAUUGAUGACUGAAUUGCACGUGAAAAAUGUAUUUGAUAACAGUGGUUUGUUUCAAAUUCACCUAAAGAAAAUGGUUGGUUGAUUAUCACUUCUUUGGUAGCACUGUUCCUCAAUUGCAAUUUUAGUGGAAUGUACUAGAAACAAUGAAAACUGCAUGCCUUGUUUAAACCAGGUUUUAACCGUAUUAACUUAAAAUGCAUGUGAUGCAACAAAAACCAAUGAAAACUAUUUCUUUCUGAAUCACACCUGAGGUUAUUGUAACAUAUGCUAUAUGAAUAUUAACCAUCUCUCAGUAGGGGUUUGAAAAGGCUAUUUGUAGUACCAUGUAUAUUAUAUCUAUACCAUUUUAUCUUUGUCACAUGGGUCUUAGGCCAUUUUAAUGACUAUCUUGUAAGUUUCUGGUUUGAUAUCCAGUUGCUGCUUAGUGUAUUGCCUGAGAGCUGACUGGGUAUAGGCUUUAGCCUACAGUAGCUAUACAGGCUUUAUGUCUACUCUGUGUGUAACACAAUGAAGAACAUUGACAGUAUUACUUGGAAGUGUUGAACAAAAUAGGUAUAGGACCUCAAGCACUUUUACUAAUUGUAUUAUUUUGAAUGUUUUUAGUAUUUUUAAAUGCAUUGCCAACUGAAACAUGUGGUCUGUGCUUACUGUGCUACAUCAGCAUAUUCACAUUACAGCUACUGUCCCGUAAUAUACAGUACACUUAAAUGUUAUCCUUUAUCAAUGUAUUUAACCCAUAUUAAUGUAUUUUAAAUCUAUCAAAUUCACUUCCUGUAGUUGAAUUCAACUCAUGUAAGAACAGUGUCAGUUAUUUUCAGUAUUCAUCAUGUUCCACAAACAAAAUGAGUCCAUAACAAAGAAAAGAGAUCUAUCAGUGCCAGCCUGCAGUACUAAUUAAAGUGGUAUGUUAGCAUUGUUGAAUGCCUUUCCUUCAUAAAAAUGUAAAAUACAGAACUCUCUUGUUUCUUUGCCAACUGAGAACAAUUGUUCCUCUCAAGUACUCAGACCAUACAAAAUACAGUAUGAUUCCAUUCAAAAGACCAUUGAAAAACACUGACAAAGCAGAUUAUUUAAUAUUAUGUGGUAUGAGGUGAGAAAUGAUUCUACUUUGUCUCAGAUCCAACUAGCCUACUACGUUGCCAGUACUGCUUAAACACUCUGUCCCCCAGCAGCACCCCCCCCCACUCUGUCCCCCAGCAGCACCCCCCACUCUGUUUCCCAGCAGCACCCCCCCACUCUGUCCCCCAGCAGCACCCCCCACUCUGUCCCCCAGCAGCACCCCCCCCACUCUGUCCCCCAGCAGCACCCCCCACUCUGUCCCCCAGCAGCACCCCCCCACUCUGUCCCCCAGCAGCACCCCCCCCACUCUGUCCCCCAGCAGCACCCCCCACUCUGUCCCCCAGCAGCACCCCCCACUCUGUCCCCCAGCAGCACCCCCCACUCUGUCCCCCAGCAGCACCCCCCACUCUGUCCCCCAGCAGCACCCCCCACUCUGUCCCCCAGCAGCACCCCCCACUCUGUCCCCCAGCAGCACCCCCCCACUCUGUCCCCCAGCAGCACCCCCCACUCUGUCCCCCAGCAGCACCCCCCACUCUGUCCCCCAGCAGCACCCCCCCACUCUGUCCCCCAGCAGCACCCCCCACUCUGUCCCCCAGCAGCACCCCCCACUCUGUCCCAGUCUGGAACACGGUCAGUAGCAUGAAAGUCCUCUUUGUUAUUAAGCUUUGAAUUCCAGUCACUGCUUACUGAAGUGUCCAACUGUUUUACUAUUAUCCUAGCUGGUGUUUUCAGUCUGUAA